GGGCAUUAAGGAAGAAGGCAGGGAGUAUCAAUGACAUCAACCAGCAGUAUCUGAGGCCGCCCGAUCAGCAAUGCUCUCCCGUCAAAAGGGCUGAGGAGCAGCCGUGACCCGCUGCGCUCCCGAGAGCUCAGACAGACGACAGUCCGGACAGGACGGUGGGGGGAACGCCGGCGAUGUGAGCAUGCAGCCUCCUCAAAGACAGACCUUUCUCUGAGUGGAGCUCUGCUGCCGCUGGAUUACAUUUAUCCUUGCUGUUUCCAAGGAGGCUUCCAGCUGCAAAUCCACCCACAUGAAUCUAGCAGACCUUAAAGAAGAAAGAGCACUUCCGACCAAGAGUGCUCACCCGUGUUAAGUAAAGCCCUCUCCACAUCUCCGUCAUCUCCAACCAGUCCAACAGUGGUGCCAUGCCUCUGUCUAAGCCAGGUAGAGUUAUGGCCCAGUACAGGCAGCCCAUCCUGGGGCUCUGCCUUCGUCCAUCUCCCCUGUGUCUGCUGCUGCCUUUGAUCAUCUUCCUAACCAGACCUUGGAGCAGCGUGUGUGGAGCACUAGCUUCACCAAAGUUCACCAAGAUUCCCACUGACCAGAUUGGAGUGUCAGGGGGUGUGGCGUCAUUUGUGUGCCAGGCCACUGGCAAUCCCAAGCCUGUCGUCUACUGGAACAAGAAGGGCAAGAAGGUCAACUCUCAGCGUAUCGAGACCAUAGAGUUUGACGAGGGUGCAGGUGCUGUGCUGAGGAUCCAGCCGCUCAGAGCACCCCGAGAUGAGAACACCUACGAGUGUGUGGCACGCAACAGUGAUGGAGAGGUGUCUGUCACUGCAAAGCUGUCCAUUAUCAGAGAGGACCUGUUGCCGUUUGGCUUUCCCAGCAUAGACAUGGGUCCACAGCUGAAGGUAGUGGAGCGGACAAGGACGGCCACCAUGCUCUGCGCUGCCAGCGGCAUCCCUGACCCAGAGAUCUCCUGGUUCAAGGACUUCCUGCCUGUCGAGCCUGGCACCAGCCAGGGUCGUAUCAAACAGCUUCGAUCAGGAGCGUUGCAGAUUGAGAACAGCGAAGAAACAGACCAAGGGAAGUAUGAGUGCGUGGCCACCAACUCGCAAGGCGUGCGCUAUUCUUCUCCUGCAAACCUUUACGUGAGAGAGCUUCGAGAAGGAGCGACAGACACAUUGCGCCGUGUGCCCCCUCGUUUCUCUAUCUCCCCUUCCAACCAUGAGAUCAUGCCAGGAGGGAGUGUCAACAUCACCUGCGUGGCUGUGGGUUCACCCAUGCCUUACGUUAAGUGGAUGCUGGGCAGUGAGGACCUGACCCCUGAGGAUGAAAUGCCUAUUGGACGAAAUGUGCUGGAGCUCAAUAGUGUCCGGGAGUCUGCAAACUACACCUGUGUGGCCAUGAGUAGCCUUGGUAUCAUCGAGUCCGUCGCCCAGGUCUUAGUCAAGACUUUACCAAAGCCUCCUGGCACCCCUAUCGUCACGGAAACUACAGCCACCAGUGUGACCAUCACCUGGGACUCUGGCAAUCCAGACCCCGUCUCUUACUACAUCAUUCAGUAUCGAGCCAAAGGGCCAGACAGCAAGUACGAGUCGGUGGACAGCAUCACCACCACCCGCUACAGCAUCGGUGGGCUGUAUCCUAAUACUGAGUAUGAAAUAAGAGUGUCAGCCUAUAACAGCAUCGGCCAGGGUCCCCCCUCUACUCGUGUGGAGGCUCGCACAGGAGAGCAAGCCCCUGCAAGUCCUCCACGAAAUGUCCAUGCCCACGUCAUUUCUGAGAACACUGUGAUGGUCCGCUGGGAGGAACCAGAGGAGCCCAACGGACAGGUAAAAGGGUAUCGCGUGUACUACACCAUGGACCCAUCCCUGCCUAUGAAUGAGUGGCAGAUCCAUAAUGUUCAGGAUAGCGUGAUCACCACCAUUCAGAACCUUGUAACCUCAGAGACCUACACCAUCCAAGUCCUUGCCUUCACCUCUGUAGGAGAUGGCCCUUUCUCAGACCCUGUUCAUGUCAAAGUCUUGCGUGGUGUUCCAGGUCAACCAGGCAAGUUUAAAGUUGGUAAAGUCACAGACACCAGCAUUGAGCUGACCUGGGAACCUGCAUACACCAAGGAGAAAAUAGUCAACUAUGAGCUGCUCUACAAGCCUGUCAAGUUUGGCAGCUUGGAGAAGCUGACCUUCGGGCCGAGGAACUCUUACACCGUGGAGGGUCUGAAAGCGAACACUGAGUACUCUUUCUCUUUGGCCGCCAUCUCAAACAAAGGCAUCGGGGCUUUCACUAAUGAACUGGUGCAGAGGACGUCACAAGCUAAGCCCUCAGCUGCACCAGAGGGUGUGUCCUGCGAGAGUGCCAGCUCCACCUCGCUGAGAGUAAGUUGGAGGCCACCUCCAAUGGAGGGCCACAAUGGCGAGCUGGCAGGUUAUGAGCUGAAAUACCAACGAGUUUCUGGGGCAGGAGGUGGAGGUCAGGGCCUGGAGGUGAAAGGGCCAGCUGUCCCAGCCCAGCAGGGGCAGACUGUUGUAGACGGGCUGGAGAAGUGGAGCUGGUACAACAUCACCAUGGCAGCCUCCACUGCAGAGGGGCGUGGACCCACUAGUCCAGGUGUGCUUUGCAGAACAGAUGAGGAUGUUCCCAGUGCAGCCCCUCGUCAAGUGGAUGUCCAACCUCUCAAUUCCUCCGCACUUCGAGUCACGUGGCGCUCUGUGUUGCCACGGUUACGGCAUGGCCAAAUCCGUGGCUACCAGGUGCAUUUCAGCCGAGCAGAAAGCGGCGAAUCACGCACCCUACCCCAGAUCAAAGACCUCUUGUUGGAUGAGUCUCAGAUGGAAGAGGAUAAUUCGACUCAGUAUGAGCUGAUUUUAGGAGGUUUGAAAGCAGAGACUUUGUACUCUGUUUCGGUGGCAGCGUACACCACCAAAGGGGAUGGAGCACACAGCAAAGCCAAGCUGGUGCAGACCACUGGGAUUGUGCCUGGCUCCCCCUCCCUUUGGGUGCGUCCAGGAUCGUGUUCAUCAGUGGUGGUGAGGUGGGCUCCUCCGCUGGAUUGCUCCGAGAAAAGCUCUGAUAGCCGGGGGGUCCCAGUGGAAAUCCAGGGCUACCGCCUACAGUUUGGCCUGAAGAAUACUUCUUUAAACACCACAGCGGAUUUUACACAUCGUGAGAGAAACUUCACUGUCAGACAGCUCUCCCCAGGCUCCUCCUACAUCUUUGUCCUCUCUGCAAAGAGCCGAGCAGGCUACGGAGAUGUGGCACAGCAGGAAAUAACAAUUCCCAUGUUUCCACCCGUAGGAUACCCGAAAAUAACUGACUGGGUUAAUGCCACUUGCUGCUCCCUCCAGUUCUCCUGGUUGCCCCCUGCCCCAAAUGAGUGCAAGAGUGUCAUUACUGAGUACACUGUUGCAUAUAAAAAGGCUGCAUCCACCAAACCUUCUGUUUACCUAGGCCCCUCUGCCUUACCGGCCCCUUCUGCUCCUCCAUGGCUGAUCACACUGCCAGCAAGUGAAUCCAGCUACACCAUCCUGGGGCUCAAUCAUAGCACAGCCUACGAGGUGCAGCUCAGAGCCGACAACAAGGCAGGGCCAGGGCCCUUCAGUCCUCCUUUGGUGUCAAUCACCCUGGCCUUUGAAACAGAUGUGCCGAGGAAUUUUUCAGUUAAUCUGGCCACAAAGACCAGUGUUCUUCUCACCUGGGAGUUUCCAGAGACCAGCAACUCCUAUCGCUUUAUUGUGGAGUACAACCGUCAGAAGAUGGAAGUGGACGCACGCCUGAGAAAGGCAGUCAUCCCAAACCUCCAGCCUGACACCAGCUAUGACUUUAAAAUCACAGCUCCUGAAGGCAACAUGGGAGGCCUCCGUCACCGCAUAACCGCCAAGACAUCCCCACUAAUCUCCAUCCGCCGUCCUGAGAUUGACCACACCCGAGAAACCGAAACCACUGUCACUAUCAUCUUGCCAUCUAUGGAAACCCAUACUCCCGUCAAGAAUGUUUAUGUUGUUGUGGUUCCGUUGCGGAGAGUCCGUGGCAGCCUCAAACAGCUCAAGAGCCCAGAUGAAAUGGACUUAGAGGAGCUGUUGAAAGACAUUAGUCAAAGGCAGAGGGAUUCUCGGCAACAGAAGCAGGUGGACCUGAGGCGGGCUUACAUCACAGCUCGUUUCACACCUGCCACCCUGCCAGCUUUCUUCACUCUGGGGGACCAGCUGGACUACGGAGGCUUUGAGAACCGAGCUCUGGAGCCGGGGCAGGAGUAUGUUUUCUUCAUCCUGGCUGAGCUGAACUCCACAACAGGGAAGAUGUAUGUGGCCAGCCCCUACACAGAAUCAGUGAUUGCCCCAGAUUCAGACCCCCAGCCUUUUGAUGCAGGUGACGGUCUGAUCUGGGUGGUGGGACCUGUCCUGGCUGUAGUCUUCAUCAUCUGCAUCGUUAUUGCUAUCCUCCUCUACAAAAACAAACCUGACAGGUGUCUGUCCAGCAAACGCAAAGACUCUGAACCAGGAACCAAGAGCCUUUUGAGCAAUGCUGAGAUGAUGGCCCAUCACCCAACAGACCCCGUGGAGAUGAGACGCAUCAAUUUCCAAACUCCCGGAAUGAUGAGCCACCCUCCCAUCCCCAUCAGCGAGCUGGCUGAGCACAUUGAGCUCCUGAAAGCUAACGACAACUUGAGACUCUCCCAAGAGUAUGAGUCAAUUGACCCUGGUCAGCAAUUCACCUGGGAGCACUCCAACCUGGAGGUCAACAAGCCCAAAAACCGCUAUGCUAAUGUCAUAGCAUACGACCACACCAGAGUCAUCCUGGCUCCCAUAGAAGGGAUCCUGGGAAGCGAUUAUGUCAAUGCCAACUACAUUGAUGGCUACAGGAAGCAGAAUGCCUACAUCGCUACUCAGGGACCACUGGCAGAAACAUUUGGGGAUUUCUGGAGGAUGGUGUGGGAACAGCGGACUGCUUCGGUUGUCAUGAUGACACGCCUGGAGGAAAAGUCACGAAUAAAGUGUGAUCAGUACUGGCCGAGUCGCGGCACAGAGACAUAUGGGAUGAUCCAGGUCACACUGCUGGACACAAUGGAGCUUGCCACUUUCUGCGUUCGCACCUUUUCCCUGCAUAAGAGUGGAAGCAGCGAGAGGAGGGAGGUGCGUCAGUUCCAGUUCACGGCUUGGCCUGACCAUGGUGUGCCAGAGUAUCCCACCCCCUUCCUAAACUUCCUCCGCAGGGUCAAAGCCUGCAACCCUCCUGAUGCCGGACCCAUUAUUGCUCACUGCAGUGCUGGUGUUGGUCGCACUGGCUGCUUUAUCGUCAUCGAUGCCAUGCUGGAGCGCAUUCGACAUGAGCGCACUGUGGACAUCUAUGGUCAUGUGACCUUAAUGCGCUCACAGAGGAACUACAUGGUGCAAACAGAGGACCAAUAUAGCUUCAUUCACGAGGCCCUGCUGGAGGCCGUGGCCUGUGGGAACACUGAGGUGGCCGCCCGGAGUCUGUACUCCUAUAUGCAGAAGCUGUCCAAGGUGGAGCCUGGAGAACAUGUCACCGGCAUGGAGCUGGAGUUUAAGCGCCUGGCUAACACCAAAGCCCACACAUCCCGGUUUGUCACAGCCAACCUCCCCUGCAACAAAUUCAAGAACCGACUGGUGAACAUCAUGCCCUACGAAACCACUCGUGUAUGCCUGCAGCCUAUCAGAGGCCUGGAAGGCUCCGACUACAUAAACUCCAGUUACAUAGAUGGAUACAGGCAGCAAAAAGGCUACAUUGCCACCCAAGGUCCACUGGCUGAGACUACGGAGGACUUCUGGAGGAUGCUGUGGGAACACAACUCCACCAUAGUGGUCAUGCUGACUAAGCUGAGAGAAAUGGGGCGGGAGAAGUGUCACCAGUACUGGCCCGCCGAGCGCUCUGCCAGGUAUCAGUACUUUGUGGUGGACCCAAUGGCAGAGUACAACAUGCCUCAGUACAUCCUACGAGAGUUCAAAGUUACAGAUGCCAGGGAUGGCCAGUCAAGAACAGUGCGCCAGUUCCAGUUCACUGAUUGGCCAGAGCAAGGCGUGCCUAAGUCCGGGGAGGGCUUCAUCGACUUCAUUGGCCAAGUCCACAAAACCAAGGAGCAGUUUGGCCAGGACGGACCAAUCACCGUUCACUGCAGUGCUGGCGUGGGGCGGACCGGUGUCUUCAUCACUCUGAGUAUUGUCCUGGAGAGGAUGCGUUACGAAGGGGCAGUGGACAUCUUCCAAACUGUCAAAAUGCUGCGGACACAGAGACCAGCCAUGGUUCAGACUGAGGAUGAGUAUCAGUUCUGCUACCAGGCUGCUCUGGAAUACUUGGGUAGCUUUGACCACUAUGCAACGUAAGAAAAGUGACAACCAUUCAUCCAUCAUUCUGCUUUGAGGUCCACAAAACAAUCCAACAAUUGACAGAAGAGACGGACGGUCAGAAACAACGUGAACUUUGAACUUUUUUUGGAAGCAAGAUUUAAAGACCAAUUCUACACCAAUGAAUGACAAAAACAGCAACAAGAAAUCUCUAACAGCACACUCACUCAUCAGUAGUGUUCCUGAUGGGUGUGGAGACUAAUCCAUGUGUAAUCCAUAUACUUACCUCAGUGUUCCAGUGUGAAGGACGUAUAAUACAUGUGUGUUGUGGUCAGCUAUCUCCAAUAUGAACCAGUGAAAUACAAAUAGCUUCUGAACAGGGGUUAUGAUACUCUAUAUGUAUAAAAUAGAAAAAGAUUUAAAAAAAAAACACACAAAGAGCCUGGAUAUUUGCUGCACCCUAAAUGGGCUUUUUAUCCUCAACUUUGUAUCUAUUGGUUAGAUGUUCUAAAGGAGUUACAAAGUGAACAUUUCUAUGUGUCUGGGAGUCUAUUUCAAAGGCGUCUACUGCCACCACAGGUAGUUCUGACUACAGUCUGAAGCAGAUGUCUUGGUUAUGCAUCAGCAGAAGCCUACAGUAUGAACUCGCCACCCUGAGGACUUUUAGAGGAGCAUGUGGACUCUCAUUUACCAGAUGCACAGUGCCAAGAGAAACCAAGCAGCACGAACAAGAACUGUGGCCUAUAAGGAGAGAUGGCUCCUUUUAUCAUCUAGCAAAACAUGAAUAGUCAGACAGCUUUGGGAAAAAAAAAAAAAAGGUCAAGCAUCAGAAAAUUACCCCCACCCCCCAAAAUCGAGUCCUCGCUAAAUAACAGCUGGUCCAAGAACAACAAUUACAGCCCGUAACUGGGCUAAGACUUGUAGUUCAAUGCAUUCCUCACUGAAUAAAACUUGCUUGCUAUUGACUGUAGUUCCUGUUCAUCCUCCAGCUCAGCUCCUCUUGAUGUCAGUCCCAUUUUGUCAGUUCAGCUGUGGCCUAUUGAAAGAGAAGUGGUGAAAGAACUGAGCUCCAGCCAGUUUAUUUAUCACUCUGUUCUCAGCCCAUCACUGUAGAUUUUUGUUCAUUCUUAAUGUAUUUCUUUGCCUUAUGCUGAUGUUUUUCUUGUCUUUUUACAUGCUGCCUAAUACGUUUUCAUUUUGUGCUAAUGGUUUAUUGUCGUACAUUAUCUUCACUUGAGGACAAAGUUGUCUCAUGUUCAUCUUGCUCCUCUGAAGCGUCCCUACUUGAAUUGCACCACUUUACAGUGAAAUCCUUCAUCUAUUUUUACUACUUAAGGCUACUGGCAAUGAAAGAUAAUGAAAGAAAUUCUGAAAAUAUUCAGAGUAUGUGGUAGAGUCGCUCACUUUCAGCAAUUCUCUCCUCGCUCCAAACUUAGAAACCACAUAGAAUUUUCUCUGUUCCCCAAAUUUCUCUGUACAGAAGCUCCCAACUUUACUGAUUGACGUGUUACCCUCUGUCUAAUCCCAGUACAACCGCACAAAACCCUGUGUAUGUUUUCUUAAUUUGACAUAUGAUCAGAAUUGGUCCAGUGUGGUGAUUAAAGAGCACAGCGAUGUCCUGGUAUAUCAGACAUCUUUGGGCAAAUUCACCAAUUUUGUACAUACAGUCUUAUCAUUGGAGUCCUAUACAGUACAGUUACAUAUGUCUGAGCACAAGAUAUAAUGUGGGAUUGGAUGUGACGUAGUACUUAUUGUCGCAAAAAAAAGCCUUAUAGUUAUCAUUCACUUUGUCAUAUUUAUUUCAGAUGAUUUUUAAAGAUAUUUAUUAUUCUAUUUUGUUAAUUUUUAUGUUUUUUUAUUUAUUUGGGAUUUCUAACAAUUAUAACCAAUAAGAUGUUGUAACUUGUUAUUUUGGCGAGCCAAUAUUGAAGUAUGAUAUUGUCACUGUUUUUUUUUUUUUUUGUUUUUUUUUUUGUUUGUUUGUUUGUUUGUUUUUAUGAUUAUUUUUAAUGGUCAGUUUUGGUGCUUUUUUAUUUGCUUUGUUAUGAUAAAGUAUGCCCUCUGUGUAGGGUGCUAUUUGAUACUGAUUACUGAUGUCUGACUAGUUAUCUAGAGAUGUACAUUAGAAGCAGAACUAGUUUAAGUUUACAGUGAUGACCUUUUGAUGCCCUCCCCCCAUUCAGCCUACAUAGCUACAACAGCGGUGGGAUCAUAGCAGCUGAGGCAGGUUCCACCCCUCUGUGACAGGUUUAAGGGCAUCAGAGAAGUUAGAUAUAUAGAGUCGGCUUAUCAGGGAGAACCUCCUGAUAAGCUGUUGAUGUUUAGUUUGCUUGAAAGCACAUGGUAGCAAGCGUAUUUUUGACAGAGAAUGGAUAUGAAUUGCCUAGCUACACACUUUACGCACCCUCAAAAGUUAUUGUUUAAAUCUGAAAUUAUUCUCAUAUGAACUCUAUGUGUGGUCCACAAGUCUUGACGAUGUUUGACAUAUAUGAAAUAUGUUAUUCCUUCAAUUUCUAAUGAUUAUUGUGUCAAGAGAAAUAUUAAAGUCACACAUGAAACAUAAUAUGAAAUGUGUUGAGGGCCAGCUCUGAUGAUGCCAUCCCCCUCACUUAUGUACUUGUUCUUUUCUUUCAAACCAUAGAUGUAGAUAUUGUAUCUUGACUUUGUAUUAAAAGCAGAAUGAUUGGAUAUACAGCACACUGA